CCACCCCCCGUUUCAUAAACCUCAUCUCGACUGGUAGAAAUGCUGUUUUUCGGUCAGAUGGCGUCCAGGCGUCCGCCCACGGUUCUCUCAUACAUAUCAAAAGUCCGUCAGUGAGAGUUGCAGAAAAGAUAGAACUACCAGUAAAAACAACUAGUCAAUAACAAUAGAUGGGGAAAUAACAUAAAUCAUAUUUAUUAUUAUUAUUAUUUAAAUACAUCCAAACUGUAUGGACAACACAAACCAAGAUACAAAAAAAUAACAAUCAACCAAAGUCUAAAACGUAAUUGACGCAUAAAGAAAGACAAAGACGUUGAAAUUAAUUACACAGACUGGAAAAGGACAAGAGGCCGAUGCGAAGGGGCCUGUGUUAAACAAAAAGUAAAUCAUCUUCUAAUAGAAGAAGUAAAACAAUUGCAAGAAGCAGUCGGAACAUUUGCACGAUUUGAAGAGGGGUAUCUCAGACAGUUAGCAACAAACAACCUGGUACUCCCAAGUCUUCGAACCUGCGCAAACUGGACUUCUAAAACGCAAGUAUUUUUUAGGUAGAGGGACCAUGUCAAUACCAAGAACCCUGGGCGAGCUUCAACUCCAUCGCAUCCUCCAGCGAGCUAACCUGCUCUCCUACUAUGACACCUUCCUACAGCAAGGGGGUGAUGACGUGCAGCAGCUGUGCGAGGCUGGUGAGGAGGAGUUCCUCGAGAUCAUGGCUCUGGUUGGCAUGGCCACCAGGCCUUUGCACGUCAGGAGGCUCCAGAGGGCACUGAGGGAGUGGGCCACAAACCCGACCCUUUUCAGCCAACCUCUCCCCAAUGUGUCCGUCAGUAGCACAUCUGUUGCCAAGAGCUGUGACGCCGUAAUGGGGAGGAGAUCUCUUAGAAACCCUGGAGACAACCAGGAAAGGCUUAACAGUAUUACCAAAAGCCCUGAGAAGCUCUUGCCUUUCCAACAGUGGAGUGGGAGGCUCUCCCCGGAUCCUGACAGCAAUAAUGAAGAAGAGCAGCUGUCACCCCACUUCAGCCCGGAUGGGAGUCUUGAACUGGAUUCCAUCAAGGCCGUAGCAGACAUCGUAGAACGGCUGAUGAAGACUGUGCCGCGCGCUGACCCUGGAGAGAUCCAGAGCCUACUAAAGCUCAAUAAGAAGCUGGCCAGGUCGAUGGGGCACAUCUUCAUCAUGAACCCCCAAGACCCUGCCAAGGAGGAGGAGAUCCGAAAAUACAGCCUCAUCUACGGCCGUUUUGACCCCAAGAGGAGGGAGGGGAGGCAGCUAAGCCUCCAGGAGCUGACAGUCAACGAAGCCGCAGCCCAGUUCUGUAUCCGUGACAAUGCUCUUCUGCUACGGAGAGUGGAGCUGUUCUCAUUGGCUAGGCAGGUAGCCAGAGAGUGUGCCUACAACUUCAUGCUGAAGCGUGCUAGAUUGAAUCCUGAUGAGACCAAUGGGCCACAGUUUAAGAAAAUAAAACAAGAGGUCAUGGUGUUCGAGUGUGUGUCUUCCUCUCAUGGUAUUAAUGAUAGCAGUAGACACACAGGUCCUGAGACUGCUCCUCUGGGGUACAGGCAGGGGUCAGAAGAUGACAUCUGCAGUUUCCCUGGGGAGAGCUUCAGUGGGAACCCACAGGGUUCAGGGUCUCGCUCCAGCCUGGCCUCUUCCCCCUGCCACCCCAUCGAUACCCCCAGUGACCCACCUUUGGACCUCCGCACCCACGGCUCCAGGAGCCGAAACCACCCACAGCAGACCUUGAUGGACGAGGGAGUCGGAUUGGCCAUGACUGGGUCACAUGACCAUCUUGGCAGGGACAGCCCUUGUACAACAGAGAAUAGUCAGACAACAGAACAUAAUGAAGAUGAAAAUGACCACAUGCAGACACUUAGGGAAGACACCAGAAAAUUACUCAAAGCAGUGGCAUCAGUGAAGGCAGUUGUAUCAACAUUUCAGCAAGAUAUCCCUGCAAUGAUCCGGAGGGCUGUGUUUGAAGCAAUGAAAGUAAAAUACCCUGUUUGCCACAAUGAGCCAACAAGAUACACCAAGCUGGGACAGAAAGAAAAUGAGAAGGUCCAGGACUCUGGGCGCUGUGUCCCUGCACCCUACAGCUGCAUAAUGAACACAAGUGAAGAGCGCAAGGGCAUUCAGGCAUUCAUCAGCCCACAGAGGCUGCUGGAAUCGGAGCGAUGUGCUGAUUUCAAGAAAAUGACAUGCAACCUCAUGAAGGCUGUAUUUACAAGAGAGGAGAUCUUGACUAGAAGUGUAACUGGAAGACGAGGGAAAGGAAUGGACGAAGCCCGGGAGGCGCUGGAUGCUGAGAAAGUUCAAGCAAUCGUGGACCGAGUAAUCAGCCGAUUCCCUCACGCUGACAGAAACAUGGUCAUAGCCAAGAUGGGACAAAAGCUUAAAGAUGAGAGGAUUGCAAACGGACGCUCGUCAUCCAAGGACUGAUGCAGUGAACUUCUAUAAUGUAAAACACUCACUCAAUCAUACAAUCUGUGGAAAACUGAAGAAAAAAGGGGUGAUUUCAUUAAAAAAACAAAAAGGCAGCACUCAUUUUUGUUUCAAUUUUUAAAGACUUUUUUAAAAAGAUCUGUAGACAUAUCUGUCUGUUUAUUGUCCCCUGUCUGUGGGCAUCUUAAUCAGGGGAUCUCUGUCUGUUGCAUGUUUUUACAUGUGCAUUGAGUUUAGUUUUACUCAAAGAAAUUCUCUUUUUAUUUUAUAUUCACGUUUAAUAUUGCACACAUUUUUGAUGAAUAUUUAAAUGAAUAUUAACAUAUG